AUGUGUGGUUGUUACUUACUGCUCCUCGUUUUGUCCUAUGGAAUGGGUCUGGAUUUGCCGCACUUUGUGUAA